AAUUAGAAAAUAUUCCUCGUCUAAAAAUGAAUCAAAUUAUUGAACCAAAACAAAAGGCUUUAAGUAUCAUUGAUUCACUUCCGGGUAAUUCUUUGAUUGCAAAGACAGGAUACAUUACUGUAGGAACAGGUCUUUUAACAUUAGCAAUAUCCAAGGAGAUUUAUGUUCUGAAUGAAGAAACACUCUUGUUACUAUCAUUUUCUACUAUGUGUGCCAUUAUUUAUAAAGCGCUCAAACAACCAGUUGCUGAAUGGGCUUCUACACAAAAAGAACAUGUUAAUAGUAUUCUUCGUCAAGCAAGAGUAGACCAUAAAACUGCUGUUGCAGAAAGAAUUGAAACUGUUGGUCAAAUAGGAAAUCUUGUAGACGUUACCAAAACAUUGUUUGCAAUGUCUAAGACGAUAUUAACGGAACUUGAUAAACUUAUACAAGAACAAGUUUUAUGGAAAUCAACUUUAUCUGCUGAAAUAGAGGAUUUAUUGAUAGAAAUAGAGGAAUAUAGUCACUUGUUUGGUCAGGAAGCUGAUUUGACAAGGGAGAAUAUUAAGAAAUGGUUGACAAGUCUUCGAACAUUUGUUAAAGAGUUAGAUUCUGAUUAUGUCGUUCCGUCUGACGAGGUGUUUGAGAGUAAUUUGGGUACAGCUGUAGUUCGUCCGACAUCCCAACAAUGGCCUUUUAAUCAAGCAAGGUGUUAA